AUGUCUCCUACCCGUGAUAUUGGCGAGGAGACAAUGUCCGACGCUCCCGCAACAGACACGGCAGACCAGACUGAUGGUCCGGGAAACGAAUCGACCGGGUACAAGCUUGCCGAGCUCCUAUUUGAUGAUGAUGACGAUGACGAGUAUCCGGCUUCAAGUGCACCUGAGUCAAAAGUUGAACCUGUGGCGAUAAAUUCGUCGGCACCUCAGCUUGCCAAAGUAGAUACAGAUACUAUGCUUGCUUUCUAUCAACGCCUUUUUCCAUUUCGUUCUCUAUUCCAAUGGCUAAAUCACGGAGUCAUUCCAUCCCCUGACUUUGGGAACCGUGAAUUCGCGCUCACGCUUCAGAAUGAUGCAUAUCUGCGAUACCAAUCAUAUACGACAGCGGACCUCUUCCGCAAAGACAUUUUGAAGAUGAACCCUUCCCGUUUCGAGAUCGGCCCUGUGUAUAAUACAAACCCGCGAGAUCGAAAGACGCUGCGAGGCGGUCAAAUGAAACCUAUCUCGAAGGAAUUGGUGUUCGAUAUCGACUUGACUGAUUACGAUGACAUCCGUUCUUGCUGUGAGAAAGCGAAUAUUUGCGGCAAAUGCUGGGCCUUCGUGACAAUGGCCAUGAAGGUUGUCGACGCAGCUUUGCGAGACGACUUCGGAUUCCAACAUAUCCUCUGGGUAUAUUCGGGUCGUCGUGGUGCCCACGCCUGGGUCUGUGAUCCUCGUGCGCGCAGUCUGCCAGACGACCGGCGACGGGCCAUUGCAGGCUACCUGGAUCUUAUACGGGGCGGAACACAAAGUGGUAAACGUGUGAAUUUGAAGCGACCGCUGCAUCCACACAUGUCUCGAAGUCUGGAGAUCUUGAAACCCUAUUUCGCUCAGACUACACUGGUAGACCAAGACACGUUCCUCACCUCGGAACAGUCGCAACGACUCCUUUCAUUGCUUCCCGACAAGACGCUGAACGAGGCACUGCGCAAGAAGUGGGAAUCAUCGCCGGAUCGCUCCAGCACCGGCAAAUGGGCCGACAUUGAUGCUCUAGCCAAGACUGGGAAAAGCAGCACUCUCAACCCGACCACACUUCGAGAUGCCAAGCAGGAUAUUGUAUUGGAAUACACUUAUCCACGCCUAGAUUCCGAAGUUAGCAAGAAGAUGAUUCACUUGCUUAAGAGCCCCUUUGUGAUUCACCCUGGCACAGGCCGUGUUUGCGUUCCUAUAGAUGCUCGAAAGGCAGAAGAGUUCGAUCCUCUCUCUGUACCUACAGUCACACAAUUACUGGCUGAGAUCGAUACCUGGGAUGCAGAACAUCCCCAUAGCAAUGGAGAUGCGGAUGUUGCCGAUGGUGAAGAAAGUGUGCCUAAUGAUUCCGAUACCUGGGGAAGUCGCAAACUGCAAGAUUAUGAAAAAACAAGUCUCAAACCCUACGUCGACUAUUUCCGCUCGUUCAUUGCCGGACUCCUUAAGGAGGAGCGAACGGGCAAGAGGGAGCGCAAUGAAGAGACCGCAGAGGCAAAACCUGAAAGUAUGGAGUUCUAA